AUGUCAAGCCGCCUGAGGAGGCUACCGAGGACCGUCGCGCACCUGGACCUUUCGCAGCAUCGCUCGAUGAAGGAAGACAUCACUGCGGCUCUCAAGACGUAUCCUUGGCUUGUCAAAGUGUCGCUCUGGAGCGGUCUCGAGUGGUCAACAGUACUACGAUCUCUUGGCCGCAUCCUGCCUUCGCUUGAGCACCUCGAGCUUGCAGUCUGCGAAACCUUGAGCCUUUCCGACAUCCUACACAUCCUCGAGGGCCCCAACAAGAUUAGACAACUCAGACGGCUCACCCUCCGGGUUUGCCACCUCUACGAUUACGGCCCCUUGCAGCCUCCGGAGCACUUCAUUCCGAUCGCGGAGCUGGCGGAGCGCGAGAAGGUUGAACUCGAAGGACUCUGGGCUAUUCUCGCCGGCAUAGCGAAACAGGAGCGCAACGACCGUCUCGAGGCAGAGCGCGAGAAGGAGCAGGAGAAGCGCCGCGAGAUCUCGAGGGCGGCGGCCGCAUCGCCGCCAGAGUGGUGA